AUGUCUAGGCAUGUGUGGCAACUGCAGGCUAUAUAAGCAUCUACGGCUUCAUCCAUUCCAUCAGACCAUUAACGGACCUGAACUUAAAGCGUCUGGCAUUUCGACGAGCAAAAACAGGAAAGCCAUGGAUUCCAAAAUUUCAAAGACAUCUCAGAGCCUUACCACUGCUGAGGACAUGAGAAACCAAACCAAACUUAUGAUGCAGCCCUAUGCCAACUGGGAAGAGUAUCUGACUCCAGCACCUCUAUCUAUAGCCAUCCUAGGAGAGCUGGUAUUCAUCUCGUCCUCAACAGAUUUUUCUAUCAAUAAAAAUCCCCCUAAAGAUGGCUAUAAAUUCAUCAAAUACCCUGAUUCCUUUCGCGCUUGCCUCAUGCAAGUGUGUAACUCUGGUUGGUGGGCAUUUAAUGAGGCCCAUACGAGCAUGGAUCAGAUUCGCCUCCAUACUGCCCAAGUUCCAGAUUACAUGAAGACUGCUGUGAAGAUUCUGUUCCAAGGUGAUGAUGAAGUUGUCAAAGCUCAUCUUCCUGAUCAGCUGGACAAUAUCAGAGUCAUUGCAGAUGAAUGUCUGAAGUUGUCUGAUGCAACUGAAAAGCGCUUCACUGAUGUCAUCAAAAUCAUCCAAGAGCUGCUGGAGGCUUGUGUGAAUGCAGAGCACUUCUAUGGGGAAGAGAAGGAAACAAUCAAGAAGAAGCUGGAAGAGAGCAAACUGAGGGAGCAGUCAGCUCAAGAGACCAAGAAAAGGACUGAGAAGGCAGUGAGUGCCAUGGAGAAGGAACUGGAAGAGGCUCAUGAGAGCUACACGAAAGCUAUGGAUUCUCUCCCUAGUGGAUGGGAAAUGAUUGGCAUGGAUGUGGUUGGUGGUAUAACACAGAGCGUUACAGGCCUGAUUAAUGGACUGACAUCUGUUAUUACUCACCCAGUCAGAAACAUGUGUUCUGCAACAACAAAGAUAGCUGAUACUUGGAGCCACAUUAGAGAUCAGGAAAGUGUAAGAGAUGUGGUUGCUGAAAUAAAUGCAUAUAGUAAAUCUGCUGAAAUUUUAAAAUGUGUCCAGAAUAUCCAGCAUCUGAUGAAUGUGGAAAGUGAGGAUGAUGACAUUAACUGGACAAAUCUGUAUGAUCAGAAGAACAAAUGUACAGAAAGUGAUUUCAUAAACAGACAGUUCAAAAGAAUCACUGAUGAUUUAAAGAAAAUACCUGACUGCCCAGCAAAGAAACAAGCUAAGAAUUUGUGCAAAAACGGCAUAGAACUAUGCAAUCAGCUGGCAAAAUAUGCCCCAGAUGGCAAAUGUGACAAAGACAAAAGCACUAAAAUCAUACAAGAGGUCUUGGAACUGAUCGAGUCAGCGCAAGUUUUUGAUUGCAAAAGCAAAGACAUCACAAAUUCUCCAGCCAUUGCUCCAACACCACCAAUGAUGUAUAAAGAAGGAAACAAGUCAGAGAACAUGAGUGCUUCUCAGAAGGCCACGGAGAAUGCACGAUUCUCCAUAGAGCAGAGCCGGGCCCAGCUGAACAAGACAAGAGAAACUUAUGAUAAGUGUGUAGAAAACCUGCAGAACAACGAGAAGGAACUAACUGAAAUCCUGGUCGCAAUGAGAAAUUGUAAACUGAAAGAGAUCGACUUCAAUACUACCAUAGAGAUGCUGGUCAAAGGAAUGGAUGCCAUGGGGAGAGUGAAGGUGCAGUGGGAGAAGAUGGUUCACUUCUUUCAGAUGGUUUCCAACAUUGUGAAAACCAGCCUGAGCAAAACUCUCACAAACUUUGUCUCAACAUCUGAGAAAACACAAGCCCUCUCCUACAAUGCAAAGCUCUUCUCAAAAGAUCUGCUCUAUACUCAAGCCUUCCAAGCCUGUAACAUCGCUAGUCUGGUCCAUAUGAUCUCUGGAACAUACACAGAUGUUUCCAGCAAGUACCUGAUGGACCGUGUCAGUUCACUGGGCAAACUGAUGGUCAUGGAUAAAAGUAAGCCAGAAUUUGAGCAUGAGCGACAACUGCUCCAGAACAGCUGUGAUGAGGCACAGAAAGGCAUCUUAAAGCUUGUCCUGAAGAAUAAAGAGGAGUUUGACAGGAAGAGCACAGCAAGACUUGAAAAGAUUGAUCAAGAGUUGCUUGCCAUUCUGCCUGCUGCUCCUCCUGAAAAAAUCAAGAGAAUUGAAGAGGCUGUUCAAGCUGGAUUCAGUGAAGAAGAAGCAUCAUACAUCUAAGAAAAUCUACCAAUUAUUUUACAAGCCUGCUAAGAUUUAAGCUUUGCUGUCCAGUAGUAUGUAAUAGUCAUAACAGCUCAGUUUAGUUUAUAAUAAUGUUAACAUCCAAAUGUAGUCUUAAACUGUAUAAAGUGUAUUAUCAUUUUAAUCAACAAACAAAGCAAAUGAAUUGAAACAAAUUUCAACUGAACAAGAAACAUUCUCUUAUAUGGAUAAAGGCAGUGUUUGCCAGCCAGACAGCCAGACAGCUCAAGAAGGAGUGGCGUCAUUAACAGAAGACAACUGAUACUGAGAUUUUUAACAUUCUAUUAAUCCAAGUGUAUGUGUGUGAAGAGAUUUUAAAAGCCGAGUCAGAAAAGGUAUUUACUCUACAUUGUUUCUGUUUAAAUUUUAACAUCAUAUAAGAUAAUAAUCAUAGUAUAUGUUCAGCUUUCAAAUGAUUCUUAAUAUAAAACCAUACUCUGAUUAUGCAUGAUCUUUAUGGAAAGUGGAGAUGACAGGAAAUAUUUGCUUUUUAUGCUUUUAAACUUGUUAGUUAGAAGAAAACUAUGUAGAAUGUUUUUGCUUCCCUUUUUUUUUAAUAUUUAGUUUAAAAAGCAUCUCAGUUAGCUGUGCAUGAUCAAUUUUUCCUUGAAUGAAGAUAC